AGAGAGAGAGAGAGAAAGAGAGAGAGAGAGAGGGGGAGAGAGAAAGAGAGAGGGGAAGAGAGAAAGAGAGAGAGAGAGAGAGAAAGAAAUGGCGUGGACGGAUUUCGCGUGUAUCUCGCCGUGACGUGGAAAGUCGGCUCUGAAAGCGUAGGGUGCUAAGCCGAGGAAUGGAGGGAACGUGGCAGUGGGAGCAGCGAAAGCACUGCCAUAUCAUUCUGCUCAACUCUUCGUCGUACCUAAAGGAGAACCCGGAAACCCAGGUUGCAGCUUUGAUAGGACAAGUAGACGCGACAGUUUCAGAUGAACGAAAACGACUGCACGAUUGCUACGGCAAAGAAGCAAAUAUCUCGAAGACAAGGGACCGCGUGCCAAGUCUGUAGCGUUCGGUAAAGAAGAGAAAGGGCCCCGUCAAGUACUUUGGAAGGAGAAGAAAGAAGGGGGUCAUCAUGGGCCCGGUAACCCAAAUCGUAUCUCACUGAGCGAUGCAAGUAAUUAGGGCCGGGGCCCUGCUAGUGAGCAUGUGGCUCACUAGAGAAUGAAGAAGCAAAACGUCCGGACUUUAUCAUUAAUCGUCUUCACGCUUACCUAUCUCCUCGUUGGUGCUGCAAUCUUCGACGUGCUCGAGUCCGAGAUGGAGAAAUCACGUAAAGAAAUGUUAGAUGACAUUGAGAAAAUAAUUAUACGAAAGUACAAUAUAAGCGAGGACGACUACAAGAUCAUGGAAACAGUGGUGCUGAAGACAGAACCUCACAAAGCUGGCCAACAGUGGAAGUUCGCCGGCGCGUUUUACUACGCCACAACGGUCCUCACCACGAUAGGUUACGGACAUUCAACGCCAAAUACUAUAUACGGCAAAUUGUUCACGAUGUGCUACGCGAUCAUCGGUAUCCCGUUAGGACUCGUGAUGUUCCAGAGUAUAGGAGAACGUCUGAACAAGUUUUCGUCUGUUGUCAUACGGAACGUAAAGACGCUUCUCAACUGUAGGGACGUCCAGGCCUCGGAGAUAAAUCUCAUCUGCGUGGUAACGACGUUGUCGUGCCUGACCAUUUGCGGUGGCGCUGCUGCAUUCUCCAGGUACGAAGGAUGGACCUACUUUGAUUCAAUUUACUAUUGUUUCAUCACUCUGACGACAAUCGGUUUCGGCGACAUGGUCGCCCUCCAGAAGGACAAUGCGCUCAAUGAGAAGCCCGAGUACGUGAUGUUUGCCCUAAUAUUUAUUCUCUUCGGCUUGGCGAUUGUGGCGGCCUCGCUUAAUUUGCUGGUUUUGAGAUUCGUGACUAUGAACACAGAAGACGAAAGGCGAGACGAAGCCGAAGCGUUACAGGCGGCCCAGGGUGCGGUACGCCUCGAGGGCGACGUGAUAACGGCGAACGGCUCGAUAUUGUCCGGCCAGAUCGGCAAUCACGGAAACGUGUUGUCGUUCGACGACGAGGCGUCGGUGUGCAGUUGCCGCUGUAGCGGUUUCCAGAGGAAGCGGCGGAGACCGCGUUUCACGGUGCGCCGUUCGCCGGGGAAGAUCUCGCACUUGCUGCCGAUGCAACAGCUGUCAACGUCGACCAUACGGGGCGACGAUUCGCGGCCGCUGCCGCCGUCCACCCCGUUGCUGUCGUUAUAUCAACAUCGCGCCAGCAUUUGACGUUGCUCGUGCGCAAGGAGUGCAAUACUCCUUGACGAAGAGCAGCAUUACUACCACGAGCAGCCGCGGCGGGUGUCCGUCUGAGGGGAACGCGUGCCUCUGCCCGGCAGUCGGCGACUUCAACGAAUUUCAAUUGUCGUCGAGAUGCUAUUAUCACCGCCACGAGUUCUCUUUUUCUCGCUCUUUCUCUCUUUCUCUUUCUCUCCUUCUCUUUUCCUACUUCUUCUCUUUCUCUCUUUCUCUCUCUCCCCCUCCCCUUUUUCGCGUUUCGCUCUUGUCGAGCGAGAAUAAGAUUUUGUAUAGAUAGUCGAAAGAUUGGAUCGAUUAGAAAUUGAAUCACUGGAAUUACUUAAUUCGGAUCGUGACACCGGGAUAACGAUGGCGCCGGAUGCUUCUCCUCAACGAAAACGUUUUGUCGUUUCGCGACGCGCGAAUCCACGCGGUACGUAUAAUUCUUUUAUUCGCGAUACGCCCGCUAUUGUCCGAGUUUAAUUCACAUACCGAGAAUAUUAAAAUACUCGAUGUGCAAUGGAUGAAUUUCUGAUGCGUCUGCGCUACCACCCGAUUUGGGAAUAAAGAUUCGACGAGUGAGGAAGCGAGAAUCGGCGCUCGAAAUGCCAAGACAAUGUUCUUUUUUGUUUUUUGGAAUUCUAGAUAAAUGGCUGUGUCGUUUGCCGGCAUCGUUUAAUGCAACGUGCGAUACGAUUCUAUACGUGUGAUAAGUCUGUAGCGACGUAGAUUACUUUUAGUCUAUAAUAUUACUUUAAAUCAGACGUUUAGUACAAGUUAUCUUCGAUCCUUUGUGGUUGAUAUAAUUACAUUUAUUAUAUUUUUUUCUUGUGAAAGGACAUUACGUGUGUAAGAAUAUAUACUGGAAUAUCUAUAUUAUAAAAAUUAGUUCUCACAUCUCUUUUUACAUUCAUAAUUUUCUUCGCCAAUUCGAGAUCAAUCUUUUCUCGAUAAAAAUUCAAUCGAAUUCCAUGAAUCUCAAAGUAAUAUAAGUAUUAGAAUUCGAAUUUCGGACAUCGCAGUUACCGGCUUAGAAUAAUAUCCUUGUGCGCUCGCUUUCUGAUAUUGUCAUAUUUAUUCACCUUAAGAUACAAUAGAACAAGAAAUAUGGAGGCACGUCGCAGGCACGAUUAUGCGGUGAACUGACCUUGAAAAGAUAUGUGUCUACAAAAGGCUGUGCGGGAAUAAUUAUGUAUCUUGCAAGAUACUCGCGAAGACACGAAAAACGUUUGCGUGGGAAAGGGAGCGAAUGCGAAAAGGGUUCAAAUGUCGGUGAACGAGUGCGAGCGUGCAUAGGAAUGCUUGUGUGCAAAAGUGCAAGAGCGAGUGAAAGAAAAAAAAAAUGCGAAUGUUAAAUAUACAUUUACGUUCUCGUGGUGUGUGUGGGAGAGAGAGAAAAAUAUUUAAAAGAAUAUAAAUACACACCAAAGAAAGAGAUAUACACAGACACGACUUUUUCAUUAAGAAAACAUUUUACAAUUUGUAUAUAAUAUAAAUUAUUGAAAGAAAGAAAACUACGAUUUUUAGGUAUACGACACAUAAGGGCGUUCCGAUCUUACAGAGAUACACAAUAUGUAAUAUACAUACUUGUAAGAUACGUCACGAUUAUUAUCAAGCGACUUUGCGAAUACGUGAUAUAUAAAUAUAUACAUAUAUAUGUGCGUAUAUGUAUAUACGUAUAUACAUAAUAUCCCAAAAAUUUCGACUUUUCAUCUAUUAUUAUUUAAGUGCAGAUCGGGAUUGCCGAGGUGGCUACGGUCGCAUAGAUUUGUAGAAUUCAGUAGAUUGCCGUAGGUCUCCUGAAACACACAAACGGGCGCAUAGCCGUCGACAAUUGCGGAGAGAGAGAGAGAGAGAGGCAAGUGUGCGCACGAAGGAAAAAAAAAUUAUGCGUAUUUGCUCUCUCCCGAAUUUGAUCGUUUAGUCUACCUACGAAGAGUCAAUCCAUCGAAACACGAGACAAGUACGUAUUCCCGGUAGAUGCGUUAUCAUACUAUAGGAUGAACACGAGCGGAACAAUUCUCUUGCCUUUUAUCGAGAAGUAGAAUCUACUCGGAUAUUUUUAAGACGUAUAUGGAUUGCACGUGUGCGAGUAGUCACACGUAAAAGACAUUUCUUUAUCCAUUCGGAUUCUGGUUUACACAGAAAAAAUGUCGACCGGUACGGCAGUUCACUCGUGGGAACGGCUGCAUUCAGCAAAAAAGCAGCUUUACAAUCAUUAUAAAAUUCUUUAAUAUAAUCGAUUUACAUAGAUCUGAUAAGAGAAUUAAGCGGCAAGAAUCAAUCACAUUAAAGAAUCUUACAAUAGUUGCAGUGAUAUCUUUUCUGUUAAAUGCAGCCGUUGUCUUGUUAUUUGAAUCGUACGUUUCGGGACGCGUUUUUAUUACGGUAUACAAUCAGAAUUUUCCAAAAAUCAAACAUUGUUUAAUCACAAUUCGAAGAUACUGAUAUAUAUCGUGACCAAAUGUAAUUUAUAAUACUAUACAUAUGACCAUUUCAGAUUAAUAAAAGACUACGACGCGCGAUCUUGUCCGUAGUUUCACUAUUUCUAAGUAAUACACAUAUACGCAUUAGAUGCUUAUUUGAUCGCAACUCUUAACGUAAAAAAAAAAACAUUUAAAAAAAGUUUUUCUUUGUGAGAGCAAGCGUGAUUGUCGAAACAGCCGUACUUGUCGAACGUUUAUCAGUUAUGCCAUUUCACUUAUAAACCAUAUUCUACAGAAAAGAAGAAUAUGAAAACUUACUCCCGUUCAUUACCUUUAAUUAAUAUGGCGAAUUCUGUAAUAUAUUAUAGGUAGUAACAAAAAAAGUAAUGCGAUCGCGUAGAUCGUAUAAGAUUUUUAUGAGAUAAGAAGGAUAGAUAAAGAAGACAAACUUAACGAAGAUAAACUAAAUGAAUGCAUAAUUAGCCAUGCAUCUUGUAUUAAUCGAUAAUCGAUGUAAUGUUUAUUUUAUUCGUAUUCUAUUUAACGCAUCAUUUCACCUCAUUUGAGCUAAAUAACAGUAACAAUUACCUUUUCGAUAUAACACGUAGGCAUUUUGCCGUUUGAAAUAAUCGACAGUUAUUUAUUUGUUCUUAAACUUCAUAGUUCAUUAUUGAACUUUGCCUUUGCUAGAGUCUUCACGUAACGCAAAUAAAAUUUUGAAAGAUCAAAUAUACAAUUUUUUUUAAUUCCCAGGUGAUACGAUAGCAUUUUAAAAAAGAUAAAAAUUAUAUACUUUUUCAUAUAAUAUUUUGUAUUUAUUGCAAUAUUUUAUAAAGAGAAGUAAUGAAGCUUACACUAUCGAGGCUAUAGAAUUUAGCUGGGAAAAUCACGAUUUCUCGUUUGCUUUCAAUCUCAAAUUAUCUUGAAUCAUUAAGUAACCAAUAUAAUGUUAGAAUGCAGAAUAUAAUUUAAUCUAAGAGCAUAAAAUUAAGAGAAGAAAACAUGUGAUUUCAUUUGUAAUAUUCCAUAAUAAUAUGAUUAAUCUAGUAUAAUCUUAAUAAUCGACGAAAUGUUAUUUCUCUCGAGAUGUGUUUGUCGAAAAUUUUGACGUCUAAAAGAAUAAUUUUGCUGUUAAGAAUAUUUUCUAUACGACGGCUAUCCAUCUAAGCGUUUCGUGGAACAGCGAACGUUGAAUGGAAUGUGUUCACGCCGAUUUAGCUAAAAUGCAGAAUGAAAUGAUGUAUUGUUUAACGUGAAUGCAACGUUCGAAAGGGAAAAAAAAGUACAGAAAUCCAAAUAAAGUCACUGUAAUUAUACCGCAGUGCCAUAAUUUCCUGACGUUUAAAUUGCCAUUACUUGUAUUAUUUUGAUAUAAAAAAUAUAAAAAUGAUAAUAAAAUAUAUUUAAACAAUUUUGUUCUGAGUAAAAGACAUUUGUUGUAUAUCUCUCUUAAACGCCGACGAACAAUUAAUGAUAAUGCAGAACGACAUGGCGAAUAGUUUAUGAACUUCUAGAAUAAUGCAACUUCCCUAUUUUUGUGAAAAGAUUAGUCUUGAUUAACACGUCGUACUGUAAGAAUAAAGCCAGAAUAUAAUUUCAUGCAUUAUUAUAAUAUAAAUGGCCAUAAAACUGAAUAUGAAGUUUCUAUUAAUAACAAUUGUAAAUUGUGAAAGCGUGACGUUGUUUCGUCACUAAAGAAUUUUUAUUAAUUGUAUAUAUAUACAUACAUAUAUAUAUAUUUAAUAUUGUAAUAUAUAAAGCAUUUCUGUCUACAUCUUGGGACGUUUUGCUUCGCAUCUAAUUUGACAAUUUUCAGCACACCAUUUUGCGAUAAUCAUGAUUCUUGGAAUUUAUAAUUAUCGAGCAUUUAGUUAAGAUUGCCUAUUUACGUUUCCAUCUAUACUACAAUUCUUAGAAAUAAAAACUACAUUUUAUCAUUAACGUCCCAAAAAUUCGAAAAGAAGAGUGUCAAGAGGAAUCGAAUGGCAGAGCGUGGAACGUUGUCGAAGUAGAUCGAAGCAUACGUGACAGUUCUUACGAGAGGAAACUAUGAUAUAGAGUGAGACAUACGCUUCACUAAAAUCGCUGUAGGAUUACGUUGAAUUCUAAGUCUUUCCCACUUGAUGUUUUAUCGUUCAGCUACUUAAACGAGUCCCAUCGAUACGGCGUAUCAACGCGGAGUGUGUACCUAGAUAUGCUAAAAUUAUCAACGAUUCUACGACCAACGCUAGCUUAGUUAAUCCCGACGGGUUGAUUAUACAUGAGAUCAUUUUUCAGGCUAUAGUCUAAUUAAUUAGAACAUAAUAAGACAAUGUCUGACAACUUCUUGCAUAUAAUUGCGCGUCUUUCGCAUGACCAAUAUUUUUAAUUUCGAGGAUACGGCAGCAUCACCGUAUCAUUGCUUGCAAUAGUCGCAAGCUAGUUGCAUACGGGAAAACACACAAAGGAGGCUCCUUCGUCCUCGAUAAAUGCAAGAACGUUUUGAUUUGGACAUAAUGCUUAUUCGAGCGAUUCUAUUAGGUAGACUACGGUCUUUAGUUUAGAAAUUGGUUUGACAAAAUUUUUUCGAAACGAUACAUCAGCGGCCUUCCAAAAUUCUAGGACAUCUGAAGUUAAAAGAACGCCUCAUGCAAAGCGCUAAUAAAAAAAAAAAAAAGGAAUAUUAAAGCUUUUCCGAUGCCGAAUAAUCAUUUUAUUGAUCUAGAAUUCGAAAUAAUUUAUUAUUACCCGUCUAUCGUGACACGUGGAUUUUACUGACGAUGUAUAGUUCCGAUAAGUAUAUAUCGAAUCAACGCGAUUCAAGCCUUCGACGCGUUCUUUUAAUUCCGGGUCUCCGGAAAAAAUUCAGAGAGGAACAACAGUACAGGCAAGUACGCAAAUCCAUCGUGUUCUGCGCACAUGUGCAUGCAAAUGUACAACACGCGCGGGACAUUCAGCAGAACGCAUCGCGGAUCUGAAGAAAGAUUUAAACCUCGUGUAUUUUUAACUUUGUAUUUAAGUAGGUGACGGGCAUGAGGAAGAGUCUGCUAUUAAUGUUACCUUACACAAAUAUAAACAAUAAUACUUGUAAUAGCUGUAAAUUUACAUUACAAAGUAACCGACGAGAAUACGGAAUUUAAAACAAAAAAAAAAAAAAAGAUUUAAAAAUUUAUGCAAUUUUUGCUAUUAUUGUUAUAGCGUAAAGUGUAAGUACAUAGUUACGAAUUUGACAAAUUAAUUAAUCGAUUAAUUAAUCAACUACAAGCAUCGAAAUAAUGCAAUUUCGUCGUGGGCUUGAUCGAUUUACUGAUUGUGCGAUUUUCAAGUCGCGGGAAAAAAGGAGUAAGAAGUUUAUGAUAAAUGCACGGAUGUGUUGUAUUUGAAUAUUGUAUCUUCAAAAUUCGUAAAAAUUCACGCUUCCAUUAUUCUAUUUAUAACUUGGCUACAUUUUCCGACAACAACGGAAUUUGAAGCGAUUUCAUCGUAUAUAUCAAAGAUUGCGUCUAAUGAAUUAACGGCUUAUUCAACAAGAACGAUCAAUCGGAUAUUUCUUUCAAGAAAUAAGAAAUACUCUCGAGAGAGAUAAAAUAUACAAUUUCGCCAGAAAGAGACAGGGAAAAGUGUGUUGACUGAAUCUUUUUUGACAGAAAGCAGCUGACUUUCAGUGUCUUCGAUAUACAUAUGAAAAUUAUUGUUCGCGAUAUUAAUAGCAAUAUUAUAAGACGCAGAACAAGAUUUGCACAAUGUUCCUCGACUAACUAUGACUAACGAUUUCGAUGAAAAAACUGUAGGAAAAAUGAUUACAUAUCUCUUGUUUUCAUGUAUUAUACAUAGCGUACCCUUCAAGGGUCUUCGGUAACCUCCUCAUGAUCGAGAUUAACAAUUGACGUUUGAAAGUUUCAAGGAGAGUAUGAACAAAGUAAGUAGGCGAAAAUGAUUCAAGAGGGAGUGAUCGGAAUUGGUUCUCAAAUCCCCUGCCUGCACACACCGCCACGUGUAACAACAUUUAAGUGGAUCGUAAUUUGUAAAUUAUUAUGGACUUCCUAUUAUAUGCUAUAUAAUGAUACAUGUGCUCUGCCACAAUAAAGCAGUUUUUUUUAUCUA